AUGUCGAACAAUGCUAGGAGAGAAGGGCUGUCGACAUUCAGUAAGCUUUCCCGGUAUUUUAAGAAAGAUGUGAAAGACAUAAUAUGGCCGGACACGAUGCCGAAUCCGCCGAAUUACGUCGAGAAGAAAUAUACCAUCAAACAACACUUUCUGAUUUGGAAGAAAGCGUUGGAGCUUUACGGAAAGAGUUGGAAGAGAGAGAUAGGGGAAGGAGAAGAUGGUGCGAUGAAAUCUGCCGCGCGAACGCACGGGGCAGGAAAUGAUCGCGACAAAAGAGAGAACGAUAAGAAGCACGACGAUUCUUCUUCUCCUUCUCUCGGUUCUGAAUUGAACGAAUUAGCUCACACGGCGAAGUCUGGAUGGAGGCCUCUGGUAAAGUAUUUAUACGAGACGAGAGGCAUAGCGUAUAGAGACGGGGUGAGAGAAUUCAUUAAGGAGUAUAGAAUUGGUUAUCGAGAAGCCAUAGAAUCUGAGAAAAAGAACAGCAGUAGUAGCAGCGGAAACAACGACUAA